GCCCGACGUCGAGGCACAUGCAGGUGCGUAGGGCUAGCCGGCAAUAAAAUAACAGGCGUCGACGUGACCCUAGCCGCUCCGUGCCUGCCGUCGGCUGCGUUCUCUCUCCUCCGCGAUCAUACACGAUAUAGACUUUGGCGACCGACCGCGCCGUCUUUGAGCCCAUUGACGAGACUGCAGAGGUCGAUUAGAAAGCACGGCGGGUACGGACGCGGGUACUCCCGGCAACACACCGGCUUACAGAGGCGUUAGAAAGCAGAACGCGAGAGAACGACGCAGCAUAGAUCCAGGCAUUGGCAAGCACUUUUUGUCCAGCAGCGCCGGCCUAGACGUGUAGACUAUCCAGGAUCCCGCGAGACUUCGAACGAAGACACCCCCACCACUGCAGCCUCACCCACGCGCACGCGACACCCGCACCUCUGGCCAUGCCCGCCGCCAUCGAAGUCGAGGCCGUGCCGGCGCACGACCUCGCAAACGGCAAGAAUGGAGAGCUGGUUGACCACACGCCCGCACACCCGGCCUUCGACUCAAUACCGGACGUCAUAAAAGCCUUUGCAAACGACGAAUUCGUCAUCGUCCUCGACUCCCCCUCGCGCGAAAACGAAGGCGACCUCAUCAUCGCCGCCUCCGCCCUCACCCCCGCAAAGGCCUCCUUCAUGAUCCGCUACUCCUCCGGCUACAUCUGCGCCCCGCUCCCCGUCUCGCGCGCCGCCGCCCUGCACCUCCCCCAGAUGGUCACUGAGAACGCGGAUCCGAACCAGACCGCCUAUGCUGUCAGCAUCGACGCCAACCAUCCUGAUGCGACGACAGGGAUCAGCGCGACAGACCGCGCGCGGACGUGCAAUAUGCUGGCGGACCCGAACGCGAAGGCGACCCAUUUCCGCCGCCCAGGCCACAUACUCCCGCUGCAGGCGCGCGAGGGCGGCGUGCGUGUGCGGCGCGGGCACACCGAGGCUGCGGUGGACCUGUGCCGGUUGGCGGGCAAGGGGGAUGUCGGGGUCAUCUGCGAGCUCAUCACGGACGGGGAGCGGGUCGAGGGAAAGACGGAGUUGGCGGGGGGCGGUAUGAUGCGGAGAGAUGAGUGUCUGAGAUUUGGCAAGGAGUGGGGGAUAAAGGUGUGCACGAUUGAGGAUUUGGUGGCGUUCAUCGAGGAGAAUGAGGGCAAGUUGGCCGUCGAGGGGAGGGAUUACUAGCGAGGAUGUGGGAGGAGAGGAUGAGAUGAGGCGGCCGGACGACAUUGAUCGAAGGCGACACAUGCGAAAAUCAAAAUCACGGCAUUCCACGCUUGCAUAAUGAAGAAGAGGUCUUCCUCACGGAC